CUUUCUCUGCUGAUUAUGCAGCAGAAUCGCACAGAGGCUGUCGCGGGCGCGUUCUCUCGCUGCCAGGGCUUCUGUGGAAUGAGACUCGGGCUCCUUCUACUUGGGAGACGCUGGUGCAUUGCAGGUGUGUUUCAGCAGAAGUUUGAUGGUGACAGUGCCUACGUGGGGAUGAGUGACGGGAACCCAGAGCUGCUAUCGACCAGCCAGACCUACAACAGCCAGAGCGAGAGCAACGAAGACUAUGAGAUCCCCCCGAUAACACCUCCCAACCUCCCUGAGCCAUCCCUCCUGCACCUGGGGGACCACGAAGCUGGCUACCACUCGCUGUGCCACGGCCUCACGCCCAACGGACUCCUCCCUGCCUACUCCUACCAGGCCAUGGACCUCCCAGCCAUCAUGGUGUCCAACAUGCUGGCCCAGGACAGCCACCUGCUGUCAGGCCAGCUGCCCACGAUCCAGGAGAUGGUCCACUCGGAGGUUGCUGCCUACGACUCGGGCCGGCCUGGGCCCCUCCUGGGCCGCCCGGCGAUGCUGGCCAGCCACAUGAGUGCCCUCAGCCAAUCCCAGCUCAUCUCUCAGAUGGGCAUCCGGAGUGGCAUUGCCCACAGCUCCCCGUCACCCCCAGGGAGCAAGUCAGCGACGCCGUCUCCCUCCAGUUCAACUCAGGAGGAGGAAUCAGAAGCGCAUUUCAAGAUGUCCGGAGAGAAGAGACCCUCGGCUGACCCAGGAAAAAAGACCAAGAACCCAAAGAAGAAGAAGAAGAAGGACCCCAACGAGCCUCAGAAGCCUGUGUCGGCCUAUGCGCUCUUCUUCAGAGACACUCAGGCCGCCAUCAAGGGACAGAACCCCAGUGCCACCUUUGGAGAUGUGUCCAAAAUCGUGGCCUCUAUGUGGGACAGCUUGGGAGAGGAGCAGAAGCAGGCCUACAAGAGGAAGACCGAGGCAGCAAAAAAGGAGUAUCUGAAGGCUCUGGCAGCCUACAGGGCCAGCCUCGUAUCCAAGAGCUCCCCAGACCAGGGCGAGACCAAGGGCACUCAGGCAAACCCGCCGGCCAAAAUGCUGCCACCCAAGCAGCCCCUUUAUGCCAUGCCGGGCCUGGCCUCCUUCCUGACGCCAUCGGACCUGCAGGCCUUCCGCAGUGGGGCCUCUCCCGCCAGCCUUGCCCGGACGCUGAGCUCCAAGUCACUGCUGCCUGGCCUCAGCGCAUCCCCGCCACCGCCCCCCUCCUUCCCUCUCAGCCCUCCACUGCACCAGCAGCUGCCGCUGCCGCCCCAUGCCCAGGGUGCCCUCCUCAGUCCGCCUGUUAGCAUGUCUCCAGCCCCCCAGGCUCCUGUCCUGCCCACCCCCAUGGCACUGCAGGUGCAGCUGGCUAUGAGCCCCUCACCUCCAGGGCCACAGGACUUCCCUCACAUCUCCGAGUUCCCCAGUGGGUCCGGACCCCGCUCACCCGGCCCGGCCGAUGCCCCGAGCAGCAGCGGAGACUGGGACAGCAGUGGCGUCAGCGCGUGCAGCCUGCUCCCCAGGGAUAAAUCGCUCUACCUCACCUAAUCCCGCCUCCCCUCUCCUCCCUGAGGCUUGCUGGAGGGGCACUGCUCCGAGCCUGAAGGGCCCACAGCAGAAGGGGAGCCUUGGCAGGAAGCGGGGUGACCGGAAAGAGACGGCAGUGACACACGGACGCCCCGGGGCCUCGUCUCUUCCUCCACCUCACACCAGACUCUGCAGAGGCAGCCCGCCGCCCCGCCGCCAGCCCAAAGAACCUGCAGGAACCUUCUGCCCCCGACCUGCUUGCUCCAGGGUUACCGUGGACCCCGCUCCUCGCCCUGCACGCCGUACUCUGCGUCUGGACGUCUGGCCCCAGCCCAGGCUC